UGCAUCGAGGAAGCUGGUCGUCAACCUUCCAGAACUUUCUCCCCCACUCUGCGAACUCACUCGUUCCGAUCCCAUCGGUCCUUCUUCCCAUGCUGACGACGGCGGCGGCGGUAGUCUCCUCUCCGUCUCCGGGGGCCUCCUCCACCGCCCGACGCCGGAAGCCCCUCCCUCUCCUCCGCUACAAAGCUCCCUCCUUCUUGCAGCCGACGCGGCGGCUCGCCGGACGCGCCGUCGCCGCCUCCGCUAGUGGCCGCCAGGACCGGGACCGCGUCGUCUGCAAGGCCAAGGACGCCUCCUCCGCUACCGACCACGUGGGCGAUGUAGGGGAGCAAACGUGGGACGAUGCCGUCCUCGGGUGCGAGACGGCGGUGCUGGUCGAGUUCUGGGCGCCGUAGUGCGGCCCCUGCCGCCUGAUGCACCCCGUCGUCGCGGACCUGGCCAAGGCCUACGCCGGCAGGCUCCGCUGCCUGAGGGUAAACACGGACGAGAACCAGGAGGUGGCGACUAGGUACGGCAUCAGGAGCAUCCCCACCAUCCUCAUCUUCAGCAAGGGCGAGAGGAAGGAGACCAUCAUCGGCGCCGUCGCCGACACCGCCUUGGCAGCCACCGUCGACAGGUUCUUGUAACGCGAAGCAGGCUAGAGCAUCCAUGCUUGUAGCAUACAUACCGGAGUGGGGGUGAAAAAGUUGCAGCAACAAAAUCAGCACCGUUUAUGUGGUUUGGGGAAUGAGAACACUCACAGGCAGGAUCAGCUAGUUUGCUAUCAAUUCUUGCUAGCUAGUUGCUUGAUCAUUAAGAGUGAAAAUUUGUCAAAGGUGUGUAACGUUUUACAUAUACCCACUUGUAUGCAACAUUUACAUACGCAGUUGAUUAAUACAUAAUUUUGUUGGCAAGA